AUGAUGUUGAUGCCUCUUUAUGGAAUGACCUCAGUACUGAUACAUUGGAAUUUGAGGCAGAAUCUUGGAGUCUGGUUGUAGAGCCUUGGUUUUGUAACCAACAAGAAAAGCAUGUUAUCAAGCGACAAGAUGUAAUCUUUGAACUAAUGCAAACAGAAGUGCACCACAUCCAUACCCUGUUCAUCAUGUCCAAAAUAUUCAGAAAAGGAAUGAAAGAAGAACUACAGCUGGACCACAGCACAGUGGACAAAAUAUUCCCUUGCUUAGAUGAGCUGCUAGAACUUCACCAGCAGUUCUUCUGUAGGAUGAAGGAAAGGCGACAGCUCUCAAGUCAGGACGGAAGUGACAAAAAUUUUGUGAUCAGCAAAAUUGGAGAUGUCCUUGUGCAGCAGUUUUCGGAAGAGAAUGCAAGAAAAAUGAAGACAAUCUAUGGAGAUUUUUGUAGUCACCAGAAAGAAGCAGUUAGCCUUUUUAAAGAGUUGCAGCAAAACAAAAAAUUCCAGAACUUCAUCAAACUGCGGAACAGUAAUCUUUUGGCCCGACGUCGAGGAAUCCCAGAAUGCAUUUUGCUAGUCACUCAAAGAAUCACAAAGUACCCAGUUCUAGUAGAAAGAAUAUUACAGUACACCAAAGAAGGAACUGAAGAACACCAAGAUUUAUGUAGAGCCCUUAACCUUAUCAAGGAUAUGAUUGCAGCAGUUGAUUUGCAAGUCAGUGAAUACGAAAAGAAACAGAAGUUGCUCGAGAUUCUUAGUAAAGUUGAAAACAAAACCUAUACCAAACUGAAAAAUGGACAUGUUUUCAGGAAACAAGAUUUGAUCAAGAAACAGAGGACGCUUUUGUAUGAAGGCUUAGUCUACUGGAAGACUGCGACGGGACGUUUCAAAGAUAUUUUAGCUCUGCUUCUAAAUGAUGUGAUGCUGUUUUUACAAGAAAAAGAUCAGAAGUAUAUAUUUGCAUCUGUUGACCAGAAGCCUGCUGUUAUAGCUCUUCAGAAACUUAUUGUCAGAGAGGUAGCCAAUGAAGAGAGAGGGAUGUUUUUGAUCAGUGCAUCCUCCACAGGACCUGAGAUGUAUGAAAUUCAUACUAGUUCCAAAGAGGAACGCAGUCACUGGAUGAGGCAGAUUCAAGAGGCAGUGGAAAGUUGUCCGGAAGAAGAAGGCAAAAUAGGUGAUUCUGAUGAAGACCGAAAAAUAACUGAAGCCAGAGCGGCAAAAAUUCAAAAAUGUCAAGUACUCUUGAAUAAUCAAGACCAGCAGAUCUGUAACUACUUAGAAGAUAAGCUUAAUAUCUAUGCAAAGCUUGGAAAUAUGAGUGGUUUUGAAGAAGUUCAUGCAGAACCACAUCUACUUAUUAAACCGGACUCUGGAGAAACUCCUCAAGUGGCUUCACUUCUGGCGGCAGCUCUUAAAGAAGCUGAAAACCUUCAUACAACAGUAGCAUUAUUGCACUUAAAGGAAGAGACUGUUGGUGACUCAUGUAUGACAAGUCUUAGUGAAACUGAAGUCUGUGUACCUUUCACUGAUUGUACAGAACUGAAGGUAGAGAAAGAAACUUGUAAUUCUGAUAUGCAUGAUGAAAACAGUAUAGCAGAAAUGGAUAUACUAGACCAGGAAGAAAAUGCCUGCUUUCCUGCUUCUGCCCAAACUGAGGUUGUGCAGACUAUCCAGAAUUUAACACGGCUCUUAUACAGCAUUCAGGCAGCCUUGACUAUCCAGGACACUCACAUUGAGAUCAAUAAGCUGCUUCUGCAGGAACAUGAAAGAUGCAGCUUGAGCCACAGCCCACGGAGCACUUUCUUUCUCGAACAAGAAAAACACAGAAACGUAAAAGAGGAAUUCGCAAAUAUUCAUAAACUCCAGCAGCAGUUUCAGCAAGAGCAGCAACGAUGGCACCGUGAGUGUGAGCAGCAGCAACAGGUGCAUGAGACAAGAGAGAGCAGGUUGCUGGAGAAAGAGAAAGAGUGCUGUAGCCAAGAAGAGUUGCUUUGCCAAAACCGUGAAGAGCUGGAUAGCCAGUUGCAAGAUUACCAACAGAACCUAGAGAGACUCCAAGAGAGUCAAAGGAUGGUGGAAAAGGAACGGGAAACUGUCAGGUUGCAGCAAAAGAUUCUGCACCACUGGAAACACAACCAUCAAAGCAAUUUGCCAGCAGUCAUCUCAUCGGGAAACAACGAGAUAAUGGGACCUCUUCAUUUGGACAGUUUUUGUGGUGAGAAUUCAGCCAUCAUAAAAGAAACCCUAGUACAGAUGUCAUUAAACCACCUCAACAGAUCAAAUUCUCUAGCUUACCAAGACUGUGGGCAUAGUGUAAAUUUAACAGAGUCAGAGCUACCAAGGAGAACUGAAAAUCAGGCCAACUUCAACAUGGAUAUUUCUUGUCAGCAAACAUGCACUGCUGAUCUCUCAAAAUCGACGGGACCCCGCCAUCAUACUUCUUCCAACACGAAUCAGUCAGAUGCUUGUAACAAUCAUAUGAAUGCAUUGCAGAGCCAGUACCCAAGAUUACAAGAUUUUGAUUCAAGUCAUGGCAGCUUUCAGUUACUUCACCCUUCAGAUGUUCUGCUUCAUAAUUUACCUUGUGACAUGGAACAAGAUUCAGAAAAUGGUGGCAUGGAAGAAAAGAUUGUUUAUCUUUAAUUACUCAUUUGUAAUAUUAAUGUAGUAGCACUUUGGGGUAGCUUUUCUAACUGUAGUUACUCUGUAUUCAAAUUGCUUUGCCAGUAUAUUAUUUAUUUCAAAAUACAAAUUUUCCCUACCCAUAGGAUACAAAUUAAGUUAUUUUUUAAAAUAUACCUGUAAUAUUUAAAUUGUCACAUUUGAAACAUUGAUGGGCUCUAAAACUAGACUUGGUGUAUAUAUGUAUAUAUACAUAUGUAUUUGUAUGUCUGAAGUAAGAUUAUUAACAUUGGACUAGGUUAAGUGGAAAGAUUUUUGCUUUAGAUGAUGUACACUGUCUAUAAUUUGAGCAGCUAAAAUUUAAGUGCAGCUUCAAUUAAAAAAAUGCACCAAGUGAUAACAAAUUAUGUAAUUGAGACAGAAACAAGAACCUCAGUAUUUUGCUGUUGUACUUUCUGAAUGUACCAUGGUGGAUUUACUACAGACUUUUAUAAGCAUCAGUCCAGUCAUUACCUCAGGUUGCUUUCCUUCAGAUACACUGAACUUCAGUUCAUGUAUUCCACAAGCAUCAGGUUGAAGAAGGCAUUGUUCUGAGUUACUUUCCAAGUUACAUGAUCAUAGUAUGUAUUUUAUAUUAGUUUCAUCAGAGCACGUACACAAACAUUAUUGUAUCCUGAAAUAGUUAUAAAAAGCCUAGAAAAUUUUGUGCUGAUAAUCUAGUUUAAUUCAGGUCACAUGUCUCUUGGUGGGGAAAGCACACCUAUUCGCUUGAAAUAAGACUUCUUCUGAAUCACUAUAUCUUUUCAAUUGAAUUAUCACACUAGGGCCUCUGCCACAUUAUAGUUUAGUGGGUUAUUUUUAUCUUGUUUCAGUUGUGAACCUUUUGAUCUAUAGUCUCAUGUGGUCCUAAUAUAUCUUAACAGCAAAGAGUUUUAAUAAUUAAUGGCCACAUAUUUGUCACUGCAAGCUAUAUUUGUUUAUUAUAUCAUUCCUUAGUAGAUAUUUUUUGUCAUCUACCAUGUACAUUUUUUUUGCUUUCCAGAGAUCAGUUUUAUGUAUUGCCUUAGAAUUUGUUCUUGCCUAUUGAGAGUGCCCUUUCAUAUCAAAAAUGGCAAAAUGCAUGACAUUUCUCUCUCACAUGAGAUAUAAGACUAGGAAAUGGAAUAAAAGCAAAUGUAGGAUUUUUCCUAUUUAAACAAUAAACCUGGAUCCACUUAUGUUUUUUUUCACAUGCACGGACUGUGAUUCAGUAUAUAUCUUUCAUAAUGCAGAGCUUUGGUGCACUAUAAUAAAUAAGGAUCUUUUCUGUACAUUUUGCAAAUGAAUUGUAUACUUUUUGAAUGGAAUUAGUAUUUUCAAUCUCUAAAUGUAUGUUUCUGUGUAUGUGCUGACUUUAUGUAUGUAAUUUCCAUAUGAUAUCGAAAAAUCCCAGCUGAGCUGAAUACAAUUCCUAGUGAUCACAUGGGACACAUCAUUAUACUUUUAUUGAUGAUAAUCACAAUG